AUGGGAUGCGACUGUUGCGGUCCACCGGCUCCAACCACUGAGCCGGUCGCUGCACCAAUCGCGGCUCCAAUUGAGGAGACGAGCAGUUGCCAGGACUCUUGCUGCGAUGAGGCUCUCGAGACCAAGGACCCGGGUCAGGAAGAGCUCAACCAGAAUGUACCAGAUGAUUGCUGCUCCUCUGGCAAAUGCGCCGACGAUAAAGCCAAGGAUGACAGCGACGCGCCUGAUUGCUGCCGUGGCAAGGUAGGCCCAUGUUGCGACACGUCUUGCCUUGACCGCUUGGCUAUGCGGGAAUGCGAGACAAGCGCUGUCGCCCAGACAAAGACUUGCAGUGGAGCUGCCGACGGCAAGGCAUGCAGCCAGCACAGUACCUCUGCGCUCGACCGUUAUGGUGCCACUCUUCAGGCCCUAGGAUGCAUCUGUCGUGCUCUUAUUGCUCUCGGCCAGGAAACCUGCUGUGAAAUUCGCGAGCGCCAUUCGCUGGACGGGAAGCAGUGCUCCAAGAAGUCGUCUGCCCGCUCCCUUCUUCGUACUUCGCUGGAUUCUUACAGCAGCAGCGGCUCCGGCACGCAGUACCACGCCGCGCAGAACCGCCUUCGCCAGCGCAAGGGCUCCGGAGAAAGCGUCAAAUCUGUCAAAAAACCAUCUACUGUUGCCUGCGCGGGCUCUUGUUGCUCCAAGGACAAGCCCGCUAAAGAGCCUUCCAUCAAGGGCAAAUGCUCCAAGUCUUGCUGCUCCGAAGGGAAGCCUGCCAAAGAGCCUCCCCCCAAGACCAGCUGUGCGGAUUCAUGCUGCUCAAAGGCCAAGCCCAACGUAGAAGCUGUAGCUGACAUCAGACCUUCUGGAUCUUGCCCAGCCAAAGAAGCCCCAGCAAAGACUAACUGCUCCGGUUCUUGCUGCUCCGACAACAAGUCUGUCAAAGCUCUACCCGUCAAGGACAAUUGUGCCAAAUCGUGCUGCUCCCCCGAUAAGCCUACCAGGCCGUCUGUCGCCGAUACUGGACGCCUCAACUCUUGUUGCCCCGGGGACAAGCAUGUCAACGACAAUGAUACCAAGAGCAUUUCUGCGGACUCGUGCUGUUCGAAGGUCAAGCCCGUUGUUGAACCUCCACCCAGUGGAUGUGCAGGAUCUUGUUGCAAGCCAGCCAACAAGGAUACCGGCAAGCCUCCAAAGACUAGUUGUGCGGACUCUUGCUGCUCGGAAAAGCGACCGGUCAGCCCACAGGGCUCUUGCGCCGAUGCCUGCUGCUCCUCUGCUGCGCCUGAUCACGGCUUAGAGAUUGAGAAGGCCCCGAUUCAGGCGACCACCGAUGUAGAGAAGCAGGGUACCGGCAAGGAGCAUGUUGUCCUCAGUAUUUCCGGCAUGACUUGUACUGGCUGCGAGACAAAGCUCAAUCGAACUCUCGCCACAGUUGCCGCCGUCAAAGACCUGAAGACGAGCCUGGUUCUCUCACGAGCUGAGUUCAACAUCGACCUCCGCCUCGGCUCGGUGGAAGAAGUUGUGAAACAUCUGGAGCGAACGACCGAAUUCAAAUGCGAAAGAGUUCAGAACCAGGGAUCCAGUCUGGAUCUUGUCGUCUCCGACGACCCUUCGAAAUUCAUGAAUCAGAAAUGGCCGGAGGGUGUCAUUGAUAUGACGCUUGUGGACAAACAGACUGUACGAGUUGCAUUUGACUCCAAGAUUGUGGGAGCCCGAGACCUCGCCGAGAAGAUCUGGGGUCCGCCAAUUGAACUUGCUCCGCCUCGUGGUGAUCCUUCGCUAGAGGCUGGGAGCAAGCAUGUCCGUCAAGUUGGAUACACGACGCUUCUCUCCGCUGUCUUGACGAUUCCUGUUCUUGUCAUGGCAUGGGCUCCUCUUCCCGAGCGGGAGUUGGCUUAUUCCUCGGCUUCACUCGCGUUGGCAACCAUCGUUCAAGUUGGUAUCGCAGGACCUUUCUAUCCCAAGGCUCUGAAAGCACUUGUUUUCUCCAAAGUGAUCGAGAUGGACCUCUUAAUUGUCCUGAGCACCAGUGCUGCCUACAUUUUCUCUGUGGUAUCUUUUGGGUACUUUGUCGCAGGGAAGCCCCUCUCUACUGGACAAUUCUUCGAAACGAGCACUCUCUUGGUCACUCUGAUCAUGGUUGGCCGAUGGGUUGCAGCACUCGCUCGUCAGAGAGCCGUCGAGUCCAUUUCCAUCCGGUCACUCCAGGCAUCGACAGCCAUCCUUAUCGACGAAGAAGGUGGAACGGAACGUGAGAUCGACGCCCGACUUCUGCAAUAUGGCGAUACAUUCAAGAUUCUUCCCGACACCAGGGUUCCGACCGAUGGCACUGUUAUCACCGGGUCUUCUGAGGUCAACGAGUCUAUGCUCACGGGUGAAUCCAGGCCGGUGGAGAAGUAUCCCAAAUCGGUGGUGAUUGCUGGAUCUAUCAAUGGACCUGGAGUCAUGACUGUUCGGCUGAACCGUCUGCCUGGUGACAAUACCAUCCACGCUAUUGCUGCGAUGGUUGACGAGGCCAAGCUAUCAAAGCCCAAGUUACAGGACCUGGCAGAUCGGGUAGCAUCUUACUUUGUCCCUGUGGUGGUGGCAUUGACGGUCAUUACGUUUGUCAUCUGGGUCGCAGUGGGGAUGACCGUCCGUGGCUAUGGAGGAUCUGAAGCUACCAUCCAGGCCAUCACCUAUGCCAUCACUGUUCUUAUAGUCUCUUGCCCUUGUGCAAUUGGAUUGGCUGUUCCCAUGGUUAUUGUAAUUGCCAGCGGAGUCGCGGCGGAACGGGGUAUCAUUUUCAAGUCUGCGGACGCUAUUGAAGUCGCCCACAAGACUUCGCACGUUGUGUUUGACAAGACAGGAACUUUGACUCGAGGAAAGCUCUCGGUUGUUGGGAACGAGUGCAUCGAUGAAGACAAACUUCCACUUCUUCUGGGCCUGGUUGAAAACAGUCGACACCCGGUUUCGGUUGCUGUGGCUGCCCACCUCAAGGACAUCGGAAUCAUGACUUCGACUGUUCCUGAGCCGAAGAGCUUGACUGGUAAAGGUGUCGAAAGCACCCUUGGCGGUCAGAAACUCCGAGCUGGCAACUCUCGUUGGUUGAAUCUGUCAGACCACGAACUCGUCCAGCCGAUGCUCGUUCAAGGCUACACUGUGUUCUGUUUUACGAUCGAUAAUGAGCUGAAGGCGGUCUUUGGACUGGAGGACGAACUCCGGCCUGAUGCUGCGGAAACGGUUGAAACCUUGCAGAAGCGUGGUGUCUCGGUACAUGUGGUUUCUGGCGACGAUGACGGAGCCGUUCGGAACUUGGCAUCCAAGCUUAGCAUUCCUGAUGACAAUGUACGCUCUCGAAGCUCGCCUGCCGACAAGAGGGACUACAUCCAGACUCUCCUCAGUGAUACCACACAUGGCAAGAAGCCGGUUGUCGUUUUCUGCGGCGACGGCACGAACGAUGCCGUUGCUCUCGCGCAGGCUACUAUCGGCGUCCAUAUGAACGAAGGCACAGAUGUCGCCCAAUCUGCUGCGGAUGUUGUUCUCAUGCGCCCUUCCCUGGCUGGUAUUCUUACCAUGAUGAAUGCGAGUCGGAAAUCUGUCAACCGCAUCAAGUUCAACUUUGGGUGGAGUUUCGUGUACAACACCUUUGCAGUUCUUCUUGCUGCGGGUGCCUUUGUCAACGCGAGGAUUCCCCCAGAGUUUGCGGGACUCGGAGAGUUGGUGAGCGUGCUGCCAGUCAUCGCUGCUGCGGUGCUUCUGCGUUGGUCCAAGAUCUAA